ACUGUUUCCAUCACAGCAAACUUGUUUGACACCGACCUGUAGCAAAAGAUCUUCAACAAGAAAUAAGCAAACCUGGAAGUUAUACUGACAACAACGGAACAUACAACACCAAAACGUGCUGUCCUAAGAAAUACGAUCCAGGUAAUUAAAGAUACAUGAUGGCAUUUGUGAUACAUAUUAUGCUGUUUUGCUUGACAUAUAUACAAGCUGCACCACCAAGACUGAGCGAGGAAACUCCAAAACACUACACAGGUUUUGCGGACAAUUUCCAGAAAUUGAAAUGCUACAUCGAAGGCGGGGAAAAAUAUGAGUGGUUUCACAAUGGAACAAAGAUUCCAUCAUCUUCAUCCAUGUAUUACAUGUAUAAAGACCAACUAUUUAUCAUGGAAACCCCGGCCAGUAAUAAAUAUCAAGGGAUAUAUCAAUGUACAGCAUCUAAUGACUAUGGAACAAUUCAGGGGCCGAAAAUUAAAGUAUAUUUUUCAAUUGUUGGCAGAUUUCUGAGGAACGACGAAGAAGUUGAGGUGAAAGAGGUUACAGUAGGAAAGGACCUCGCCCUAACCUGCCCCCCUCGAACCUUGUCACGCAACGUUUUCUAUCAUUGGGGAGGCCAACGGGGUGUUACCGGCGCGUGGUUUCUCCCACAAGCAAAACAUUAUAUGAUUAUGAACGACGGUACACUGUUGUUCGCUCAUGUAAAAAAUGAGGAUCUCGAAUACUUCAAUGUCGUGAAAAAUGGCGUUAGCUGUAGCAUCGAGUCCAAGGGGAAGAGCAAGCGGUUUGCGUUUUCGCAACGGUUUCUUCUAAGUGGGGUUGGAGAAGAAAAUAGGACACCAUUUGGACCAACAAUAAAAGCAGCCGAAGAAGAUCGAGAAAUAGCCAAGGGAGCGCCUUUUGUGGUUUUCCGAUGUGGAGCAGUGGGUCUGCCCACACCGGAAUAUUCGUGGACAUUCACUGGGCUGGAUGGUGUCGAGACUCAAAUCACUGACGAUGAAGAUGGCUACCAGCUUCGAGAUUAUAACCACGUGCUAACGAUAAUAUCAGUCGAGACGAAACACGACGGCUGGUAUAAGUGUAGAGUUAAUAGUAACUAUAGUGGGCAAGAACAUUACGAUGAAAAAAUAGCAAGACUUUCAGUUAAAGGAAAACCGAAAUGGGGUGCAAACGGUACUCUAUCGGACGCAACGGCUAACGAGGGCGUUAGAUUUUUAUGGUUGUGUAAUGCUUAUGGAAAUCCCGAUCCUACAUAUACGUGGUUCAAGGAAGGACGUAAAUUACCUGAAUCGGAUGAAUAUGAUAUUCAAGAUGGUGUGAUUACUUUUAAGUCCAUAUCAAAAGACGAUGAAGGAGUGUACCAAUGUGUGGCUGCAAAUAAUUUUGGUGAAAUAACGUCAUCCGCGACAUUGAAAGUGAAAGCAGCGCCAACGACUUUACCUCCAACAACUCAACCUCGAUGCGGUGUCUCGAAAAUGAAUCUAAUGUUCUUAGUUGAUGGUUCGGGCAGCGUUCCCUUAGCUACUUUCGAAGAAUUCAAAAAAUUCAUGGCACUCUUGGUUGAAAAAUUCGACAUCGGUCCUGACACUACGCAUGUUGGCGUUUUACAGUAUUCAAGUGAGCCGCGGACAGGGCUGGAGUUUCAUUUUAGUGAACAUCAAACUUUAGCAGCGGUGAAAGAUGCAAUUUCUAAAGUGAAAUAUCAUUAUGGAGCGUAUACUUUUGGCGGAUAUGCUAUGAGAUUAGCGCAGCAGAUUAUAAACCACUACGACCGAACUGACGCAAAGAAUGUCUGGGUUCUACUUAUGGAUAAUGGAUUGUGGGACAAAACUUUAGCUCGUAAAAUCUCCAAAGCAAUCCGUCAGUCAGGGACUAAAGUUAUCGUUCUUGAUACACAGAAUAUCAUGCACGAUAUUGCUGACCAAGGGUUGGACUUUACGUCUGAUAAUUUCGAAGAGAACGUAGAGGAAGUUAGAAAAGAGAUCUGUAAAUAGAUAAAUGUAUGAAUCUUGAAGUAUAUCUUACAAAGAAUUUUUACCAAAUUUAAUAAAAUAGUUUUUUA